CGAGGGCACCCCCUGUCACUGGCGAGAGCCGCGACAGGGAGCGACCGACAGAGUAUCGGACGGACGGACGGACGGACGGACGGACGGACGGAUGGCCAGUCAGUCAGUCAGUCAGUCAGUCGGUCCACUCGGUUCAAGCUAAUAAAAAAGUUAGUCUCCCCUUAGUUGUGUGAGAGAAAGAAGUGCACCAAGGGCUCAACAUACACAUAUACAUAUAUAUAUACAUACACAGAGACACGUACAUAUGUAUAUACACGCGUGCGAGGAGAGGCACGAGGAAGAAGAGAGUAUUGGAGGAACGGAGGGAAGAAGAGGAUCAGCCGGUAUAGUAGCGUUACAGUAGAUCGAUCUAGAAGAGAGUUGUUUAGUUGUUGCGCGGAAAAAAAGGGGGUGAGGCUGAGAGUGGAGGAGGCUGGCAUGGUGGCGGUGCAUCCUACGAAGGAGCUGCCCUCGCCGUGCCGAUGACGAGGCUGCAGAUCACGCCCCAACGCGAGCAAGGAAGGACGAAGAGGAAGAAGCGGCAGCGGGCACCGUCCGUCACCCCGAUCGGCCGGGGAGAGGUUAACGCCAGGUUACAGAUACGGAAGGCGCUGAGUGACGGAAGGCGGCGGCGGAGGCGACGGCGUCGCAGCAUCGCCGUUGCCCGGUGCGCGACACGGGUGCCGGUGGUGCGUUUGGUGCGGUUUUGGUGAGGGUGCCGGUAACGACAGUGGUGUAACAACAACAACAACGUCGAGGAUUUCUCGUGGGAGAAUCACCGCGUGAUCGGCGCCAAACGCCAGCAACAUGCCGCGCUGCCUCAUGGCCAAGAAGUGGAAGGCCUACCCGUGGCCGGAUCGCGUGGACGAUCCGCAGCAGGAGGAGGAGAACGAUCCGUCGAGCGUUCUGCAGGAGGGCCACGGCGGCGUGCAGCAGACAGCCGCGUCGUUGGAGAAGAGGCAGCACAGGCACGAGCCCGUCGAGGACGAGGAGAUCGACGUGGUCGGGGACACGGACACCAGGCAGGUCGAUCAUCAGCAGACUUGUUGGGGACCCCACAGUCCCACGGCUGGUGCCACCGCGCCUAGCCCACCGCCGCUCAACGCCUCCGGUGCACUCUACUAUCAUGGUUACACGCACGAGUCGUGGAUCAACCACGAGGAGCCGCCGAAGUACGCGACGCUACGCUCGGCCGCGGAGCUGGCCCGACCCGUGGUACCGUCCCCUCCGCCCCCGGCCGCCCCCCAGGAGCUGGCUGCAGUGGUGACCGGGUCGAGCCUGCACCAACCGCACCCAGCCCCGACGACGACCCCGUCGUCGGCCACGUCGUUGAGCCUGCCCCCGAGGAAAAGCCUGUCCAUGUGUUUCACGAGCACGGGGACGGCGCUCUCGCUGCCCCCCAAGAAGAAGGACAUAUACCGGCCCUACAGCCUUCAGCCGACGUCCGAGAUCCGCACGUCGGCCGAGGAGGACCUGUCCGCCGCGCAGGCGAUCCUCGACCUGAGCGCGUCACCAGCUGCGCCCACCCACUCGGUCUUCAUUCACACUUUGUCGCCGCCGCCGCCGCCGCCGCCUCCGCCGCCGCCACCGCCUCAGCAGACAGCGCCAGGAGUCGCGGCGAACGGACAGCUGCAACCUGCACAGCUACAACCGCCGCCGCCGCCGCCGACCGCUCAACCCAUCCCCGUCUCCGUGCUCGUGCCCGUGCCCAGCUCGCAGACCAACCAACUGCGCCAACAAGAGCAAACGCCUCAACCCCAGUCACCGGCCACCGCCGAGACCAACGCGACCAACUGCACUGGCGGGAGAGAUGGGAGCGGUAGUAGCGGAAGCAAGACGGUGGCGUACACGUACGAGGCGUUCUUCGUGUCGGACGGACGGUCGAAGCGUCGAUCGGCGAACACGAACGGGGCCGCGGUGCCGGACAAGGAGGCGGCGCAGCCGGACAGGCCCAAGUUCACGUGCACGGAGUGCGGCAAGCAGUACGCGACCUCGUCGAACCUGUCGCGGCACAAGCAGACGCACCGAAGCCUCGACUCGCAAUCGGCGAAGAAGUGCAUCCACUGCGGCAAGGCGUACGUAAGCAUGCCCGCGUUGGCCAUGCACGUGCUCACGCACAAGCUGGCCCACAGCUGCGGCGUCUGCGGCAAGAUGUUCUCCAGGCCUUGGCUGCUCCAAGGCCACCUGAGAAGUCACACGGGCGAGAAGCCUUACGGGUGCGCGCACUGCGGCAAAGCGUUCGCCGACCGCUCGAAUCUCCGCGCCCACAUGCAGACCCAUUCCGCGGACAAGAACUACGAGUGCUCGAGAUGCCACAAGACAUUCGCCCUCAAGUCUUAUCUGAACAAGCACCUCGAGUCCGCCUGUCUACGCGACGACGAGAUACCGCAGCAGCAGCAACAACAGCCGCAGCAGCAGCAACAGCAACAGCAGCAACAAGCUACGAACGGUAAUAACAAUAACGCGACGACGCAACACCAGCAGAGCAACAAUCGUAGUUUGUAGCAGCGCUUCGACGACAGGAAGGCAACGACAAGGCGUCUCGACGCCGUCGCGAGGGAGAGCUAGCGGUUGUUCCCGGCGACACCUGGUUAACGCCGGGCUAUACACGAUCGUCGAUGUGAAGAGAGGGAGGAGAAAAAGGAAAUAAAAGGUUUGCCGUAGGUUUUAAGUAGAAAAGUGCCAGUAGAGAAAAAUGGAGGAUAAUAGAGAGGAGUAACCGAAUGGUAGUGUUGUAGAGAGAGAGAGAGAGAGAGAGAGAGAGCGAACGAGCGAGCGAGAGAGAGAGAGAGAGAGAGUGUGGAAGAUGUCGGUUUCUUAAAUAAUGUCUAACAUUGAUAAAAACGUCCAAUAAUGUUAAGUCUUAAAAAAAAAAGAAAAAAAAACGAGCAGAAAGAGAGAGAAAGAGAGAAAAGAACAAAAAAAAGAAAAGAAACGAAAACGACGAAGGAGAAUAAGUGGGUAAUAACGAUAAACGAGAAAGGAAAAGAAAAUAAGAAAGAGAGAGAAAGAGAGAAAAGAAAAAAACGAGAACAAAGAACACGUCGAACGGUGACGUCCACACUGCAGUCUAGUCACUCUAGUCGAUUAUACUUAAUACAUUAUGAUAUUAUAUUAUUAUAUAUUAUAUAUUAUAUUAUAUUAUAUUAUUACAUAUAUAGUAUAUAUUUACUAGCGCGUACGAUUCUAGUCGCGAGCUCGUUACGGAGACACACUAUUUAUUGAUACUUAGCUGCCUAAAUGAGAUAAAGAAAAAUGAAAUUCUUCGAGGAUUAAAAAAAUACAAUAAUACACAUAUAUAUAUAUGUAUACAAAUUUAAUAUAUAUACAUAUAUAUAUAACAAAUCACGGGGGAUACACAUACACACACACACGCACACAUACACAUAUACACACAUCAUUGAUCGAUGAUCAAGGACGAGAUUUCCGGCCGGUUUUCGAUUCUUCUUCUAUCUUCAUUCCCCAAAGAUAUAAGAUUCGUCGUUCAUCGAAACGCACAGUCGUGGCCGGACGACUUCUUCGAUCGACCCUCCCCCCCAUGUUCCUUUCUCGAUGGCUCCUUCGACUCGGUCGGGCCGUCAUUAAACACUCGAUCGGUACUGAUGGAAGCGGUCGGUACAGGCCUGUACGUUUCGUUCGACGACGAGGAAAAAAACCGUUCGUGUAACGCAUUCUAAUUUUGAUUUAAUCGAAUUCUUGGCGGCCAUUUUUUUUAAUGAUGGGUGGUGGGCGAGAAUAUAUAUUAUAUUAAAUUGAUCGAGAAACUUUUAAUCACUUAUUUUUACAAUUUUAUUUGAAGGAAUAAUUUGAAGGGAAUUUAUCAGAAUUUCAGACGAGUAAAAUUCUGCAGCAAUGUUAAAUUUACACAACAAAGUGAAUGAAACAACGAUGGAUAAUCACAUCGAUCGAGCGAGAGAUAAAUAAUUAAUAAUGGAUUCUUCUCUAUUACGCGUCCUUGCCCGCCAUUCGUUAUUUCGUCAUGCUCGACACAUUUUAUGCCGUGUAAAAUUUUUUUUUCCACCCUGCAGUGAAUGACAGCAGAUUCUCACCUUUUCAAAUAUUUAAUCCCAUCAAUUGCCUCGUUAUUUUUACCUCGCGAACGUUCUCGUAUAAAACGAUAGAGAAGGAAAAGAGAGAAAAAAAGUCAUCGACAGUCGUGCGCGGCCAUAGAACGUGUUAACGACACGUGGGCAUCGACCGAAUCGCCUCGAGGCCGUCGCAAUAUUUUUCUCAGCGUCGUUACACGAUCGGUUAUACGUGUAUGUAUGCAAGCGUCGAAACGAGGUAAAAUUUUCAUCGCGCGUAUACACCCUCGAUCGAAAGUUUCGAAAUAUUUUUUGCAAAAAAAUUAAAAAGUAAGAGAACUCGUGUGAAGAAGAAUAUCGUUCGAUUCGACGAAUAUGCGAAUUUUAUUGGGGGGG